CCAGUAUCUGAAAGGGAAGGUGCUCCACCUGUAUGGAGGUUCCACCGCCAGGCAGUGGUUUGAAUAUUUGAUCUCAACAACACCAGGUAGACGCACAAUAGGAAUGUCCAGCAACAACUGAAACUGCUUCAUGCUGCAGCUAAUCUGUUCUGUGCAAACGUUCAGAUCUCAAGAUGUUUGACUUGAGAAGUCCAAAGCAAACGGGACCUUUCCUGGCCUUGGAUUAUAAAAACAACAUCUUAGUGACGUUCCAGUGCCACGGCCCUCCCAUUCGUUUCACUGACCUGUUAGUCAGUCAGAUGCGUUAUAUUACCAGUGAACUGAAAAGUUUGUUUGGCGGCACUGUUGUAGUAAUCGGCAUCUGGUCGCACUUCAGCACUUUCCCCGUUGAGGUCUACAUCCGGCUCCUGCUGACCAUACGGAGGGCAGUGGAGCAACUGUUGACCAGAGCUCCAGGUACGCUGGUCAUUAUCAGGACCGCGAACCCCAAAGCGCUGACCCUCUACGAGACUCUGACCAACAGUGACUGGUUUUCCUUACAGCGUGACAAAAUACUCAGAACAAUAUUUAAAGGGAUGAAUGUGAAACUGGUGGAUACCUGGGAGAUGACCUUGGCCCAUCACCUGCCACACAGCCUCCACCCACAGCCUCCCAUAAUAAAGAAUGUGAUUGAUGUUGUUGCCUCCCUGCUGAGAGUUUUAAAUCAAACAGUCGGAAAAAAAAUUGUAAAGCAGGGAAGGACCUCAUAAAAAGGCAACUAUGCAGUCAAAGUCUAUUUCCAGUGCGAUCUGGAGCACAGAAGAAAUGCCAGCCAACAGUUCAGAUGAUGGACUAAAUCAUUAACCAAACAGAAGUAGACUGAGAACAUUUAACACUGGCAUGUUUAAAUUAAAAAGACUUUUUUAUACUAAGAACUCAAACAGCCAACAUCAGCUUUUGCCUGGAACUUGCCCAGUUCCUUUUCAUUU